AUGGUUGCUGCACUACCACAUUUCGAAGAGUUCACCUUUGAGGGCCAGCAACCAACUGCUUCAUUUGGAUUCCCAGAAAAUCAUGCUUUCCCUUUGGCUCUCAAGACUCAGGAGGGGUUCAAGCCUUCAUUAGAGGAAGCGAUCUCGGCCAUCGCUGAAUUGCGAAGAUCUGGCCAACUCUUUGAGAUUGUUCGGAAGCAUGGCGGUGCUGUGCUGUUCCGAGGAUUUCCUAUCAACACUCCAGAUGACUACAGCAAAGUAGCUCAUGCCUUUGGAUUCGCCGCACAUGAAGAGGUUGGGAGACCACCUAUCCGGACAGUGUUGGCACCGAAUGUAAAGACUGCAAAUGAAGGGCCGCCAGAACUGCCCAUUUGGCCUCACAAUGAAUAUGGUUGGUCGACAAUACAUCCCGAAUGGCUCACCUUCUGCGCUCUAGAAUUGCCAGAGUCAGGUGGUGCCACUCCCAUCAUCUCAAGCAUCGGCCUUGCAAAUGCUUUACGAGAGCGAGCACCAGAAUUUUAUCAGAAUCUGCUGCAGAAGGGAGUCAAAUACGUCUAUCGAUACGGUCGUGAACAAGUAAAAUCAAAUACUGGCGCCAGUAUUUUUGCCGCCUACGGACAGCAUGUCGAGGCUGGCGAUGACGAUGAGACAAUUCGAACGAAAAUAGAGGCUGAGGUUCGGAGACACAGCAAUCGUUUUGAAUGGCAUGACGAUGGCAGCUUGAGUGUAACGCAUGUUGUCCCGAUUAUCCGAAAGCAUACAGAGACCGGUCUGACGACCUGGUUUGGCAACCUGACCAGCGCUUAUGGAAGAGCUCGUCACCAUGGUGCCACACAACCUCCAUAUCGUGGAGACGAUGACUCGUAUCAUCCACCACCUCUAUACGGAGACGGAACUAUCAUCGAAACAGAGUUCCUAGAGCUGGCUCUUAACAUUGCCGAGGAAAUGCAAGUUGACGUUCAGUGGGAGCGAGGCGACAUCGUUCUGAUUGAUAACUGUGCUGUUAUGCAUUCAAGACGCCCGUGGAUAGGAAAGAGGACAGUGCUGGCAGCAUUAUGGGACCAAGAAGGGCGGAUUGGAGAUUUCAAUGAGGGUAAGAAAAUCCAAGGUUUACCAACGGAUGCAUCCUAA